UGCGAUGGGAGCGGGUGCCCGUGUGCAGAGGGAUCCUCUCCCCGCAUGUGUGUGGAGGACCGCGGUGCUGGGGCAGGGCUCAGCGAGGCGGCUGCUGCUGCAUGCGGCGGAGCCCGCCGGGGUACUGCAGCGCCGGGCUUCUCUUUGCUCCGCGCCUCGGCGCUCGGCGCAGCCGGGGGUGCUCGCUCGCGCGGGCGCCGGGCUGGCCCUGCCGCUCGGUGCGACUGCUGAGCUACCCCGGGCAGACGUCGUGGGGAGCGCGGCGGAACGGGGCCGCGGCCACUCCGGCCGCCGAGGUAGGGAAGGUGCCGGGCUCGCCGCGGAGCGCCACCGGGAGCAUCGCCGGAGGCGGCCGGCCGCCCCGCCGGGCGUAUUCUUUAUCUUUGUUCAGGAGCCUAAGGUUGCUUGCUGAUCGCAGGAAGAUGUUUCUGUGGCUCUUUCUGGUUCUGUCAUCUCCAGUUUCUUCUACAACUGCAGAUGCUGAUAUAUCUGUGGAAAUUUGCAAUGUUUGCUCCUGUGUGUCAGUUGAGAAUGUACUCUAUGUCAACUGCGAGAAGGUUGCAGUCUACAGACCAAAUCAGCUUAAACCACCGUGGUCUAAUUUUUACCACCUCAACUUUCAAAACAACCUGCUAAUUAUUCUGUAUCCAAAUUCCUUUCCUAAUUUUACACACGCAGUGUCCUUGCAGCUGGGUAAUAAUAAGUUACAGAACAUUGAGGGAGGGGCCUUUAUGGGUCUUAGUGCACUAAAACAGUUGCACUUGAACAACAAUGAAUUAAAGAUUCUCCGAGCUGACACUUUCCUUGGCAUAGAGAACUUGGAGUAUCUCCAAGCUGACUACAAUUUAAUCAAGUUUAUCGAACGGGGAGCCUUCAAUAAGCUUCACAAGCUGAAAGUCCUGAUCCUUAAUGACAAUCUGAUUUCAUUCCUUCCUGAUAAUAUUUUUCGAUUUGCUUCUCUAACCCAUCUGGAUAUACGAGGUAAUCGAAUACAAAAACUUCCUUACAUUGGAGUCCUGGAGCACAUCGGGCGAAUCGUUGAAUUGCAGCUGGAGGACAACCCCUGGAAUUGUACAUGUGAUUUGUUGCCUUUAAAAGCGUGGCUGGAGAACAUGCCCUAUAACAUCUACAUUGGGGAAGCUAUCUGUGAAACACCCAGUGACUUGUAUGGAAGGCUGCUGAAAGAAACCAACAAACAAGAGCUGUGCUCCAUGGGGACAGGCAGCGAUUUUGAUGUGCGCAUUCUUCCUCCCUCGCAGCUGGAGCCUGGUUAUAGCACACCAAAUGGCCACACCACUCAAACAUCCAUGCAGAGAUUAGUCACAAAGCCACCAAAGACUACAAACCCUUCGAAGAUCUCGGGGAUAGUAGCAGGCAAAGCACUGUCUAACCGCAAUCUGAGUCAAAUCGUAUCUUACCAGACCAGGGUGCCUCCUUUAACACCGUGUCCGGUUCCCUGCAUUUGCAAAACGCACCCUUCAGACUUGGGAUUAAGUGUAAACUGCCAAGAAAGAAAUAUAGAGUCAAUGGCUGAACUUGUACCAAAACCCUUGAAUGCCAAGAAGCUGCAUGUAAACGGCAAUUACAUUAAGGAUGUGGACACUACAGAUUUCAUUGAGUUUGAGGGGCUGGAUUUGCUGCAUUUAGGGAGCAAUCGGAUUUCAGUGAUCAGAGGAGAAGUGUUCCACAACCUUACAAAUUUACGGAGAUUGUAUCUCAAUGGCAAUCAGAUAGAGCGUCUGAGCCCAGAGAUGUUUGCUGGCCUCCACAACUUGCAGUAUCUGUAUUUGGAAUACAAUGUUAUCAAAGAAAUCCUAGCAGGCACCUUUGACUUAAUGCCAAACUUGCAGUUGCUCUACCUGAACAACAACCUUCUACGGAGCUUGCCAGCGUACAUUUUUGCUGGUGCACCACUUGCUAGACUGAACCUGAGGAACAAUCAUUUCAUGUAUUUACCUGUAAGUGGCGUUCUUGAUCAGCUCAAAUCUCUUACACAGAUUGAUUUGGAAGGUAACCCAUGGGACUGCACUUGUGAUUUAGUUGCUUUGAAACUGUGGCUUGAAAAGCUAAGUGAAGGUAUUGUGGUGAAAGAAUUGAAAUGUGAAACACCUGUACAGUUUGCUAACAUUGAACUUAAGUCUCUGAAAAAUGAGAUCCUCUGUCCUAAGCUUUUAAACAAGCCAUCUGCUCUGUUCACUAGCCCUAUGCCUGCUGUUACUUUUACAACACCACUGGGACCAGUUCGGAGUCCUCCUGGUGGCCCAGUUCCGUUGUCCAUCCUAAUCCUAAGCAUAUUAGUUGUGCUUAUUUUAACAGUAUUUGUUGCUUUUUGUCUUCUUGUUUUUGUGCUUCGGCGCAACAAAAAACCGACUGUAAAGCAUGAAGGGAUUGGAAAUCAAGAGUGCAGUUCUAUGCAACUGCAGCUAAGAAAGCACGAUCACAAGUCAAACAAAAAAGAUGGACUGGGUGCAGAGGCCUUCAUUCCUCAAACCAUUGAGCAGAUGAGCAAAAGUCACACCUGUGGCUUAAAAGAGUCCGAAACGGGCUUCACUUUUCCUGACCCACCAGGGCAAAAAGUCAUUCUGAGAAAUGUUAAUGACAAGGAGAAGGAUUUGUUGCAUGUGGAUACCAGAAAAAGGCUUAGCACGAUCGAUGAACUGGACGAAUUAUUCCCUGGGAGGGAUUCUAAUUUAUUUAUUCAAAAUUUUCUGGAAAGUAAAAAAGAAUACAACAGCAUAGGGGUCAGUGGCUUUGAAAUACGUUAUCCAGAGAAACUGCAAGACAAAAAACCCAAGAAAUCUCUAAUAGGUGGUAAUCAUAGUAAAAUUGUAGUAGAACAAAGAAAAAGUGAGUAUUUUGAACUAAAAGCUAAGCUUCAAGGUUCACCUGACUACCUGCAAGUCCUUGAAGAACAAACAGCUUUGAAUAAAAUAUAGGUCAUACAAUCUUAUUGCCUACAGAGGACAUUUAUUUAAUGAUGAAAGUGCCUUUUGUUGACUUUUAACUUCCAAAUACUAUAUUAUAUUGAUAGGCAUAGAGGCAGGUGUAUCCAAGGGUGUCUGAUUAACUGUAGCUGCAUAUGGUUUGUCAAGUAGAGGAGAAUUUCCUUAAUAGGUUUUACUACAAUAAAGCUCAUGCCCUGUGGAAUCCUGUAGGGAUAUUGCAAACUCUAUUGCCAAAGGGAUGCUUUAUACACGUUACAAUGAAUUUAACCUCAAGAGGCAUAUAUGUUUUGUACCUUAAAUGCAAAACCAUCGUCUCCUUGUGAUUUGUUAGAGCAAACACAAGAAACCUGGUACUGGUAUCUGUACCUCAGCUGGGUCCUUCAUCCUGCACGUGGAUUUAAGUUGGUGGAACUGGAGUAAUCCUUUGAUUUCUGGUGUUGUAAUGGCACUCUUUAAAGAUUAUCUGGAAAGUAACAAGCAUGCAAAGAGAGAACACUCGAUAGUAUGUGUAAAUUGGUUACAUUUAUGGCCUGCAUCUUGAAACCACUGGAAUUAUAAUGUUAAAUUGUGCAAAUAUUUGUUUAAAAUAUACCAUGCAUUACAUACCUAUGAAAUAAAUUUGACCACUUGAAGCAUACAUGUCUAUACAUAAAAUUAAAAGAGAAAGAAAAGAAGAAAACAGUUCAAACUGACUUCUGCAGUAUUUGUGGCAUUCGAAGAAAACCUUUGAUAUUUAUGCAGAAUCUGUUGUAAGACUCAUCUCCAAUUGCAACUAGAGUUCCUCCUCAGUUACAUGAAACACUUGCAACCCCAACAGGUUGUCCAAAAUUGUCAAUGUGCUUACUGUGUGAGCGUUGCAGAAAUUAUUUUUGUAAUAUAAUUCGUAUUUAUGAAAUACUUUGUAUACUAAAUAGGACAAAUAUGUACUCCUUAAUAUGUAUUUAAUAUGCCUGACUUGUUUUUCUGAUCACGGUGCAUUAAUCAUUCAGUAUAAAUAAAACCAGAACAAUAUACCAAACAGAAACUGAGGGUGUAAUGUAUAGAAUUAUCCAGAAUUAAGUGAUCAGAUAGAAUAAUAUUAAUAAUAAUAAAAUUGUUCUGUACUAUUCUUGUGAAAUUAGCAGAUGAUCUUAUUUCAGAUUUGUUACCAAUGGUGCAUUUUGAAAUAGAUUCAUUAGAUUUUUUAGUGUUGUGUCUCAGGCAAAUUAUUUGCCAUCAGUUGUCUUGCUUUUCAGGGUUCUACGGUUUAAAUAGUUUUCACUGCAGGUAUUUACCACAAUUCAUAGGAAGGGUAAUAUUUCAACUGUGAAUGCAAAAGUUUUCUGUUGUUACCUGUCUGGCUGUUAUCAGUCACAAAAAAAAAAAAAACAAACCAACCUGAUCAGACCAGAAUAUGGCAAAUCAUGUCUGUUUAAAACCACAAUGUAAAAUGAACAUAGUCAUCUCAGGUCAGAAUAUUGUGUAGCUCGUACCUAGAGAGUGAAAACUUGCCUUUGUGAAAGCUGAAUCUGAAUAGCUAGGGGAAAAAAAUGUCAGAAGAAUGGAAAAUCCCUACUGUAUCUUACUGAUAGUUGGUACCUUGAGAUGAAAUGGAAGUGCAUUGGUAAAAGAUGAUACAGCAGAUCUAUGGUAUAAUAACAAACGUUCUUUGGCUUGAAAAUCAUUUGUUUCAGUUCUUUCAGUGAACUUUGGAUUCACUCUAUCUCCUUUGCUUCCAGAACACUUUCCCCUCCCCCUCUGGCAUCUGUAAUCAAUAUAUAAAUCAAUUAAAAUGAGUAGAAUAUGAACAUGAAUGUUUUUCAUGAAUUUGAACCUAUGAAGUAUUGCAGAAAGAUUCAUUUAUAAUACUGUGGAGAAGGCUGUCAACUAUUUCCAGUAUGAAACUCUAAUUUCAGGGCUUUAUAGCACUGCUGUGAAAUUUGUGUUAUGGAUUAAUAACUGGGCAGUUGCCUGCAGUGUGUUUUUAACAAAGCUUAAAAAAAAAAAACAACUCAAACCCCACUUCUUUGAUUUAAGAGAAAGGAAAACAAAACAACAUUUUUCUACCUUCAGACAUUUGUUUAUGCUCUUGUAAUUUAGGGAGUUGUUUCGUUAUUUUUCUCCAUAUUGCAGAGUAUAGAGAUGGCUUCAGCUAAUAAAAUUACAACAGAAAAAUUAGCAGCUGAGCUUCUUUCAGAAAGCUGCUGCUAUCCAUUGUGCAGUAAUUGAGUUCAUUCACAAUGUCAUAGGGAUUUUCAGGGCAUGGAUAUGUACAUUCACCUUUCUAACAGAAAAGUUCUUGGUUGACCAAUAGACAUAAUACGUGACUAAGGUGUGAAUAAGAACUUCUGAGCUUAUUGUGUGAAGAGUGUGUGGAUAAAAAGGUGUUACAGAUGUGCUUGACAUGACAGUUCCACGAUGGCUUCAUCAGUAGGCUACAUUUUAGCCUGGAGAAGAGGAGGCUCAGGGGUGAUCUUAUUACUGUCUACAACUACCUGAAGGGGCAUUGUAGCCAGGUGGAGGGUGGCCUCUUCUCCCAGGUAACCAGCAAUAGAACAAGGGGACACAGUCUCAAGUUGUGCCAGGGUAGGUAUAGGCUGGAUAUUAGGAAGAAGUUCUUCCCAGAGAGAGUGAUUGGCAUUGGAAUGAGCUGCCCAGGGAGGUGGUGGAGGCACCGUCCCUGGGGGGUCUUCAAGAAAAGCCUGGCUGAGGCACUUAGUGCCAUGGUCUGGUUGAUUGGAUAAGACUGGGUUAUAGGUUGGACUGGAUGAUCUUGGAGGUCUCUUCCAACCUGGUUGAUUCUAUGAUUCUAUGUUAUGGGUCAUCGCGCCUGCUCUGUGCAGUGCUGCAUGGUUUUGAGGAUGUGAUCAGGUUCACUUGGAUCUGCCAGAGCAUAAGGCUCCUGAUGCACUUGAGUGCAUUGUCAGAGACUGGCAUGUCCCAUACCCUGUUCUUGAGAGGUGUGUGUUAAAAAUACUUUAAAAGAGCAAGUAAGGUAAUACUUCUAAGUGAUGUUAAAACAGAUGUGCUUAUGACUUGCGUUGCCCAAAGUUUACAGAACACAUGUCAAAUGAGUAUACCUUCCUCAGCUAAAAAGUUGAGGGAUUUUUCAUGCUUUAUGUUGAGGUUUUUGGUAAUGAUGUUUGGCUUCAGAUUUAUUUGUUUUUCUUGCCUGGUGAGAUCUAAUAUUGAUUGAUUAAAAGAGAAAGAACUGAGUCAUUAUGCUGUACCAUUAUGCUGGGUCAGACUUUCCUGCUUGUUGAGGUCCAGUGCAGCUAAGUGUUUAAGCUGGACCUAAAUCAUGUGUGGCAGUACUAUUCAGGAACUAACAAUUAAACACCUGCAUAGGAGUGGGACUGGAGUUUUGUCAUGGACUUCAAAAGAAAAGCCAGCUCAGAAACAUUGUAUAUAAUACGUAGAGGCCAGUGACUCUUGGGAUUAUGCAGUUGAGUGUAGGUUAACCAGCAUCACUAAAGGUUGAGAAAUCAGGAUCUUUCUGUGGAAAUUACUUCUAAGUGUUUUACAUACAUGGUGCAAUGCAUAGGCAUAAUAAUGUGAGUGAAGAAUUCAGAAGUUGGCAAAACUAUCUUUCUGUGAAAUUGUUACUUUUGAGUGGCCACCUUUCUGUCCAUUUAUUUCCUCCCAUGUUUUGAAAGAGUGUAUGUGUCUGUACAGCAGUUUUAGUGUAAUGUCCAUUCAAAUCUGUAGUUGGUCUAUCUGGGAAGGUGACUUAAGAUGUGACUGAACAGGUCUGUCUGUUUCUUACGUUGGUUUGAGUGGCCAUGCUUGUAAAAUGGCUGUUAAGACCCAUAAACUACAUCAGUGAAGGUGUUAACAUAAUCUGUUGUCUUCAUUGUAUUAUAAAGUUCCUCAGUUUUAAAUAAAAUCAAUAAAGUGUAAUUGUUUCCUUGAAAAAGAA